AUGUCUGAAAAAAAUCUUUGUGGUCCUUGUGGUUAUGCAGAAAAUAAUAAAAAAGCAGAAAAAUGGUGUUCAGUUUGUGAAGAGGGAUUAUGUACAGAUUGCGAGAAGGUUCAUAACGUAAUCAAAACAUCACGAAAUCACAGGCUGAUAUCCAUUGAAGACUUCUGGAAGAUACAAAAUAUCACUGUUAACCUUAAUUGUGAAGACCAUGACAAACGACUUGAACUGUAUUGUAAAACACACGAUGUUGCAGUUUGUUUAGGUUGCGUUCCAUCAAAUCAUAGCACAUGCUCUGACGUCAUUCCUUUAGAAACAGCUGCUGAAAAUGCAACACAUUCAACCGCACUGGCUGAUUUGGAGGUCACUUUAACCGCAGCAUUACAAAAUCUUGAACAAAUCAUUACCGAUCGUGAGACAGCUUUGGAGGAUUUUGAAAGUCAGAAGGAAACAAUCAAAAAUUCAAUCAUUGAUACACGAGCGAGAAUACUGAAAAAGUUAGAAGACUUAGAACUAAAACUUCUCCAAGAGUUAGACAUAAAACAUGGAAAUAGUAAAUCGGAAGCAAACAAACUUCUAAACCGUAUGAAAAACUCAAAACGAGAGUUGAGUUGUCUAAAGGAGCAAACAUCUCAACUAAAAUCAUUCGCAUCCGAAAUUCAGCUUUUCCUGGGAGCGCGUCAGAUGAAUGAAGCAGUCUUCAAAGAAAUAAAAUCAGUCAAAGAAGGAAUCAAGUCUGCCGAGAACUUUCAAGUUUACGUACAGUUGAAUCCUUCUAUCAUCGCGUUAAUGGAUGAAGUAGAUCAGCUCGGGGACAUAUCAGUUCGGAAGAGUAUCACCAGUCUAUUGUUUAAGGAAAGAAAUGUAGAGCAAGCUCAGAUACAACUUCGAGUGCAAGAUACAAAAAGCAUACACAGCAUUCGUCUCCAGUUGAAAAAAAAAUUUAGUGUAGAACAAGAAAAUCAAGAAACGUUUUUGACUGGAUGUACCAUGUUACCAAAUGGAAAUGUGUUGAUAGCUAAUUAUGACGAAAAGAAUGUAAUACUGGAGUAUAGUGAAGAUGGUAAACAUAUCCGUGACAUACAAUGCUCUGGCUCACCCUUGGAUUUGACAGUCAUAGACACUGACCGUAUUGCUGUUACAUACGAAGAACAGUGCAUAGAGAUUUUAAACAUAAACAACAAUACUAUUGAGGGGAAAUUAUUUCACUUUGAAGAAUCUUGCUAUGGAAUAUCGUACCAGGACAACACAAUUGUAAUUAUUACACAAGAGGGCAUUGACAUAAUUGAUGUCGGAGGAAAAGUACUGAAAUCGUUUACCGUUCGAUGUGGGUCAUUUAUAGGAACUGCCAAAGAUAGAAUUUAUUUCACUGUCGAUGAUGCUGUACAUUGUAUCUCAAUGGCAGGCGAUGAGAUAUGGAUACGUAAAGAAAAAUCCUUAACAAAGCCAUGGGGCAUUGCUGUGGAUGAUCAUCAAAAUGUAUUUGUUGUUGAUCAAGAGUCGAAUUCACUGAUAGUUAUACAACAUGACGGGAAUUCAAGCAGAACAUUACUAUCAACAACUGAUGGUUUAGACAAUCCACGUCCAUUGUACUACAACAACGAGAAAAAAGUGUUACUUUUGUGUGAUGAUAAGGGGUGCUAUUUGUACGCUCUUGUGUAA